GAAGCCCUGAGAAUGUUUGGCCAUUCGACCAGCUUAGUGACCAUUGUUUGACCAAUGGCGAAGCGUGCUCGCUGCAGCGUGCAGACCGGUGCCAGAUGUUUGCCUCACUCUUUCGAACGCAGCCGAGCCAUCCGAAGGGUCCGGGGAGGUCCCAGCCUGAGCCAGAACGGAACAAGAAAGGCAAGCCAGGGAAGGCAGCCCACAUAGAUCAGACUGGUGUGGAGGGUCUCUCAAAGACUCAGCGGCGAAAGCAGAAACAGAAACAAGAGAAGGAGAAGCAGAAGAAGCAGGCGGCUGUAGAUCAGACCGGUGUGGAGGGUCUCUCAAAGACUCAGCGGCGAAAGCAGAAGCGGAAACAAGAGAAGGAGAAGCAGAAGGAGAAGCAGAAGAAGCAGGCGGCUGUAGGUCAGAGUGGCUCGAAGAAGAGGCAAAAGGUACCAGGAGUUGAAGUGCCCGAAGCAGAGCCAAGUGCCCGAAGCCCAGGCGUUCUGGGCAAAGCCGCCAAGAGGCUGAAGGGAUCCAGGUUUCGCUGGCUGAAUGAGACCUUGUACACCAUGACGGGGCAAGAGGCCUUCAAGCUCUUCUCGGAGGAUCCUUCCCUGGCGGAUGCCUACCACGAGGGCUUCCGCGCGCAAGCGGCGAAGUGGCCGAAGAACCCCCUGGAUGAGGUCAUCCGUUGGCUGAAGAAGGAGGUGGCAAAGGAUGCCGUGAUCGGUGACUUUGGUUGUGGUGAUGCCCGUUUGGCACUGGAGCUUGAGAACCGAACCGUUCAUUCCUUCGACUUGGUGCCGAUUAACAGCAGGGUCACUGCCUGCAACUUGGCGAAGGUGCCCUUGCCCAAGGCUUCGCUGGAUGUGGCGAUUUUUUGCCUGGCGCUAAUGGGCACGGAUUGGAUCAAGUUUGUGACAGAGGCACGGCGCUGCUUGAAGCUUGGGGGUUUGUGCCACAUUGUGGAGGUGGAGUCACGCUUCGCAGAGAUAGACGCGGUGGUGAGGACCAUCGAAUCUCUCGGCUUUCAGCAAGUCCUGGUGAAGCCAGGCAGCUUCUUUGUGGAAAUGCGCUUCCGUGCGACCAAGGAACGCCAGGGCCACAAAUCGCACGGAGAAGGCGAGUUGCUUCAAGCUUGUACAUAUCGGAAGCGCUAGGAGGCUGCAAAAAA